AUGGCAUCUCCACAUUUUAUGUUAACCCUCUUCCACCAACUCUUCAACACCUUCAUCGAUUCCACAGGAGAUGGUCCACUACUUGCGCGAGCUCAUCAACUCCUACAAAAAGAAUCUGCCCAGACAGAUAAUAUUUUACUAUUGGUACCGAUUACUCUAGGGAUUACCCUUGACAUCCUGAUCCGAUAUGUUGUUAGCCAUGUCUUAAUGUCUAUCUUAAUCCUUGAAACUGUGGAGAAGCAAGCAACUGCUUCUAAGAAGCCUCCCUCCAGCCGCCAACUGCUCCGAACGGUCGCCAUCAUCUACCGUAAAGGCGGCCUCCGGUUUCUCCUUAAUGGCAUCGGUUCCGCCUAUACCUACUGGGCGAUGCACUCCUCGGUGGUAAAACUAUCGAGUUUUCUACUUCCCAGUCCGGUCGCCUAUAUCGUUACAUCAGUCCUGCUAGCGGAGACCCAUUUUUUCUGGACCGCGUAUACCAUCCUUCCGCGCGACCAGGUGCGCCUCAUGCCUAAACCCCGUGACUGCCAACGAUGGAAAGCCCUAGUGAUUCCCGCUUUGAUCUAUGCUGCGGCCAAUACGGUGAUGACGUAUGUGCCGGCUCUAUUCGAGGAUAGCCUCGCCCCACCGGAGGCAGUCGCGAUAGUAGGACUGUCAUAUAUUGUGGGAUCCGACAUCCUGAUAGCGGGGUUCAUGCUUUUUGCCCAACUGUUUCUCCUCCUUCCCUCUUACAUGGUCUUAGUUUUGGUCCAGGCCAGUCUUUUACCACCCAACUGCGAGACGUUGGUCUUCACGAGACAGCAGCAGCGGGGCAAACGAGUGGGGGAGAUCUUUUCGGUUAAAGGAGGACCGCUACAAGUACAGGAGGCGGUGCAGAUGAUUACGGUAGCACGAAUGCUCUGUUGUCUGGAACUGCAUGGAAAGAUGUGUUUAUGUUUGGUUGGGGUUGCCGCUGUGGUGCAUGCAGUGGCCUACUCUAUGACAUAA